UUUUUUUAAAGAAGAAAGACACAGUAGAGGGAGACAAGAGUUGGUUGGAAGAUGAAGGGAGCGGGAGCAGGAGCAUUGUAGAGAAUUGGAGACCCAAACGGUUACCGACGAUCGCGUGGAUUACUUGGUGCUCAACAACUGAGCGAAUCAAAGGGAGAGAUGGAGGCAUCGGUAUUUGCAGUGGAAAAAAUCCUAAACUACAAAUUCAAAAACAAACGGCAUCUAGAGGAAGCAUUAACGCACUCCUCCUACACAGACUCAGCUUCUUACCAGCGGAUGGAGUUCUUAGGGGACGCGGCGCUGGGUCUUGCGCUGAGUAAUUAUGUGUAUUUGGCUUACCCUCAGCUGGAUCCUGGUCAUUUGUCUCUUUUGCGUGCUGCUAAUAUUAGUACUGAGAAACUGGCGCGUGUGGCCAUUAAGCAUGGUCUUUACAGGUUUGUUAGACACAAUGCCACUGCUCUUGAUGAUAAGGUUAAGGAAUUUAGUGAUGCUGUGAGUGGAGAAGAUGAUGAUGAUGCUUUAGUAUAUGGCGGGUCAAUAAAGGCACCGAAGAUUCUUGCUGAUAUUGUGGAGUCUGUUGCUGCUGCUGUUUAUGUUGAUGUCGAUUUGGAUCUUCAAACAUUUUGGGUGAUAUUUAGGGGUAUUUUGGAGCCAAUAGUUACCCUCGAAGACUUGCAGCAGCAACCACAACCGGUGACUAUGUUGUUUGAGCGGUGUCAAAAGCAAGGAAAGAAUGUUGAUAUUAAACAUUGGAAAAAUGAGGCCAAAAGUAUUGCCAGUGUCUAUGUAGAUGGACAAUUUAUCGCUUCCAGUUCGUCUGAGCAAAAAGAAAUUGCAAAGCUUAAUGCCGCCAAGGGGGCCUUGCUCAAACUAUCAAAUUCAUUCCCUACUAAUCUAAAUAAUGUUUCUCUUCUUGAUAUUUUUGAUGGGUCUUCUUUCGAGAUUGAAGGCGCCAAACAGAAGUUACAUGAACUUUGCGGCAAGAAAAAAUGGCCCAAACCAAAUUACAACAUUGAGAAUGAUAUGGGUCCUCCACAUGAGAAGAAGUUUGUAUGCUCAGUUCAAAUUGCAACAGUAGAUGGUAUUCUAUAUGUGACGGGAGAUGAAAGAACGAGAGUAAAGGAUGCAGAAAAUUCCGCUGCUUCAUCAAUGAUCCGUGCUUUACAGGACACUGAUUAUCUGUGAUUCUGUUCAUUUGUUUCACUCAAAUCUGCUACAUGGGAUGUUAUGCCUGCCCAGUAUCUCAUUCGUAAGGCCAGGUGCAUGAUGAGCUCCAACGACAACAGUACUGCCAGAGUUGAGCAACUCUGCAAAUCAGAGUCGUCUUGAUGAAAAACUAGAAUUUCCAGUUAUUGUGUGACAGUGACUACAUUUCAAUUUCAAGACCACCUUGACUUGCAAAGGAUCAACAAAGGUUUUUCUGUAGCUGAAACGGUUUUAGUCUUGAGUUAUAUGAUCAUCUAAGAAAAUGCUUAUGGAAUAUCAGUUGUGUUGAACUUGUUAAUUGCUAGAUUAACAUUAUUGUACCUAAGCCCUACACAGCCAGCCCCUAGAAAUUAAACAAUGAACACUUCCAUCAGCUUUAGGAUAUAGGACGUCAAGUCAACUAGACAAAUUUGAUCGAUCAUGUUGUAUUUGCUAAUCCACCAAAUCUUUUAGUUUGUGAUGACAAAUUGCAGGUGGUUGAGUCCUGUUGUAUUUUUUUAGCCCACCGAGCCUUGUAGUCAUAGUUGAGAAACUGCAGAUGGGAUUGAAAAUGCUGGCACGUGAGGAACGAAGAGAUUAUAACCUUACUAGUUUCAUGGAAUAGGUUUAUUGUGAAGCCGCCCGAAGAGAAUCACUGCAGGGUCGUCUACACUGGAAUAACUCUAUCCAUUUGUUUGGAUGAAACUUGAGUUCUUAGAAAAUAAACAAGGGUUAACUAUAAAAAUACCCCCUGCCUGCUGUUAUUAAUAUCGCUCUUCAGCAAUUGCAUCCAUAAAUUUCAACUUUAAUAUUAUGUAAUGGGUUCACUCCUUCCAAAUCAAUUACUGAUGUGAAUUCUGUUCUAGUUGAUGUUUUGUUUUUUUAUUCAAACAAUAAAUUUCAGUUAUGGAGCUUUUCAACAUUUUA